AUAUGUGAACAACGCCAUUUGUAUGUGCACGCAGUCCUGCAUUGGGUCUCCGUCUAUGAGGUGUAUGGAGGUGACAUACGACGUGACCUACUUUCUACGAAAAGGUUGCCAGGAUGGGCUGGCUGUCAUGGAAACCAGAACCUAUACGGUCAACAUUGGAUGCCAAUGUGUUGGCGCCUUGCCUCAAGUUACAGUGCCAAACUAUAACAGCGAGUAG